AUGUUAAGAUCAACAAUAAUAAGGAACGCAUUUUUGAAGAAAAGUUAUGCUACUAUUAAUACUGGUACUACUACAGUUGUAAAAUCUCACAAAUUUCGUAAUAGAUUUUUGACUAUUUCUCUAUCGCUAGCUGCAAUUUAUGGUACAGGGAUAAUCUUAUCCGAAAAUGAUAGUAGAUAUACAUCUGUAUUCAAUGACAAUAUUCCUUUUGCUAAUAGUGUCUUAGAAUCAUAUGAUGAUAUUAAGAAUGGCAAUAUUAAAUUAUCUGAUUUAUCCUGGGAAAAUAUAAAGAAUAAAUAUAGUUCUUAUAUUACAGGUGGAACUUUAGGGAUUCCUUUAUAUAGACCAAAGAAGAAUGAUUUGAAUGAUGCUCAAUUAUUAAAUUUAUCAAAAUUAGAUCAAAGUAAGUUAAAGGAUUUAAAUCCAGAAUUUAAUGUAAUCUUAAACCAAAUUAGAUACACUGUUGAUGCUUUAAAUGAUCAACAAAUUCCUUUAACUACGACUCAAACUGCGAUAGUUACAAAGAUCUUUGAUCAAUUAUAUGAAAGUGUUUUCAAAUUCAAUGAAGGUUUAAAUCAAAAUAUUAAAGAAAGUAUUGUUAAUGGUUCAAAGGAUAGAAUCGACGAAUUUGAGAAAAAAUAUUUACAUGAUACAGAGGACAAGAAAAAAGAAUUAGAUAGAAAAUAUGAUGAAAAAUUCGAUUCAUUUAAGACCGUCCUGGAAGAAAAUGUAACUAGAUUAUUAGAGACUAGUUUAGAAUCAAAUUUAGAAACUUUACAAGCAAAACAAACAAAUGAAAUAUCUUUAUUAUCAAUAACACAAGUACAAGAAUUUAAUAAGAUCAUUGAAAAGAAAGUAGAACAAGAGAGAAAUGGUAAAUUGGCUAAUCUAAAUGCCCUUGAUGAAAGGAUUGGUAAAUUAUCAACAACUAUGAAUAAGUUUGGAGAUAUUCUCUCUAAAAACCAAGUCAUUACUAGGUUAUCUCUAAUGAUUAAUGAUAUUAAAGGUAGAUUAGAUUCUAAUAAUUCAUAUAGCAUUGAAUUAGACAAUGACCUCUCAAAGAUGAAAAAUAUCUCGAAGGCAUUACCAAAGGCUGGCUGUGGUUGUAAGUCUGGUAAAUGUAAAUGUAAAAAAUGUACGGGAUCAUGUUCUACAAAGAGUACCAUCGGUGGCCAAAAACUUUUAAAUGUAACCAUCGACGAACUUGAUACGUUAUCAAAGGAUGGUCCCGUUCUAUCCAAUGAACAAUUGUUCAAUAGAUGGAAUCUUUUGGAGAGCGAUUUUAAGACAGCAUCUUUAUUACCUCCAAAUGCAGGUAUUUUAGGUCACAUUACAGCUAAAUUCUUUUCUUUCUUUUUGUUUUCAAAAAAAGGUAUUUCUACCUCCAGUGACGACUUAGAUGCAUUAUUCGCAAGAGUUCAAACUAAUCUGGAAACAGCAAAAUUAGAUGAUGCUAUUGAAGACGUCGUAUCUUUAAAUGGCUGGCCAAGAGUGUUGUGCGAACAAUGGGUUAAAGAUGCGAGAAGAAAAUUGGAAAUAGAAUCUCUGAUCGAUGUACUUGACGCUGAAUUAAAGGUUAUGUAA